AUGUAUAAUACCAACACCGACAUCUGGAUUGCCGGCGCCAUAGCAGCCGUAACAGUUGACUUCUUAGUUUACCCGUUCGACACUCUCAAAACCCGCAUCCAAGCCCCGGACUACGGGAAACGUUACAAAGACGCCAAAACCGGAGCCAUACGACGCGAUAUUCUCUUCAGGGGCGUGUAUCAGGGUGUUUGGAGUGUGGUGUUGUCGACGAUACCCGCUUCUGGCGCAUUCUUCACAACCUAUGAAGCCGCAAAAUACACACUCGGCGAAACGAGCACGACAACCCGCGCCCAACGCUCCUCCCAAUCCCAAAACGAAACAAUCCACAAAUACCCCAUCCUCCACUCCCUCCCCACCCCCAUCGUCCAUGCAAUAGCCUCCUCAUCCGCAGAAGUGGUCUCCUGCCUCAUGAUCACCCCUGCAGAAGUCCUAAAGCAGAACGCGCAGGUUAUCGAGAAGAGCGGUGGUCAACAAACUGCUGCGAUACAGGUGUUUUCGCGAUUCAGACAUAAACCAUGGAAAUUGUGGAGUGGGUAUGCAGCGCUUGUGGGAAGGAAUUUACCGUUUACGGGGUUGCAUUUCCCUCUUUUUGAGUAUGUGCGCUCACAUGUUGUUGAUUGGAGGCAGGAGGAGAAGAGGAAGGAUAAGGAUGGGAAUGGGGGCGAAUUGGGGCGGAUACAGGAGUGGAACCCUGUGCUGGAGCGGGCGGCUUUGACUGGGUUUUCGGCGGGUUUGUCGGGGAUGAUUGCUUCAGUUGUUACUACGCCGAUUGAUGUGGUGAAGACGAGGGUUAUGUUGGCUGCUAGUAACGGACAUGUUAGUGGCGAAGGGGAUGGUGCUGCUCCUGGACCGGAUACGAUGAAGAAGAUAGGGACGCGGGGGACAAUAGAUGUUGGAAAGGAUAUUUGGGAGAACGAGGGCAUAAAGGGGCUUUUUAAAGGAGGACUGAUUCGGGCUGCGUGGACGGCAGUUUCGCUGGGGUUGUACUUGAGUAUCUACGAGGCAGGGAGGUUUUAUCUCGAAAGUAGACGGAAGGAUAGGGAUGGUAAAGGGCAGAAGAAAGAGGGUGAGGGUGUUAUAUAG